AUGACGCCACAGCGAGACCCUUUCCUAGCAAGACAUUUAGAAAAAUAUGGAAAUCCUGGAAGUGGUCACACAUCAUACUUAUCUUCUACUAUUGUAAAUGAGUUUGUCGAAUUGAUGGCUGAUAGAGUGUUGAAGAGAAUUGUCUCUGAUGUAAAAAGUGCCAAAUUUUUUUCAAUUAUUGUCGGUUCAACGCCAGACCUGUCUCAUACGGAUCAAUUAACUUUUGUAGUUAGAGGACAAAGUUAUGAUAACUCCAGUAAUAUGGCAGAUAAAUAUAAUAGCUUGCAAGCUCGUAUAAAGAACUUGAAUCACUUGGCAGAGUUUGUACCUUGUGCAGCCCAUUCUUUAAAUUUGGUUGUUGUGAAAGCUGCAGAGGCAAAUGAUACUAUAUGGGACUUUUUUACUUUUCUUCAAGAAUUAUUCAAUUUCUUUUCUGGCUCUACACACCGUUGGUCAGUUUUAAAUGAUGCGAUGAAAGCAAAAAAUAAUUCCCUUACAGUAAAGUCCUUGGCCAACACAAGAUGGUGUGCCAAUGCUGCUGCCACCAAAGCAUUGGUACUUAGUUAUAAAGAAAUUUCAACUACACUACAGAAAUUAUCAUCCAAUAAUGAUGAGUCUGUUGCAACAAGACGAGAAGCCAGUGGACUUUUUAAAAAAAUUCAAAAAUUUGAAACGUCUAUUUGUGCAGCUAUGUGGAACUGUUUUUUACAACAAGUUGAUUGCACUAAUAAGCAGUUACUAGCUCCUAAUAUAAAUUUUUAUAUUUAG